AUGAAUAGGAAAGGGUACACAUCAACCAAUAUUUUAGCUGUAUGUGACUUCAAUAUGUGUUUCACAUAUGCACUUAUUGGUUGGGAGGGAUCGGCGCACGACACACGUAUUCUACUUGAUGUUUUACAAAAUCCAUCUAUGAAGUUUCCUCAACCACCAGAAGGAAAAUAUUACCUUGUGGAUUCUGGAUAUCCUACCAUGAAAGGGUUUCUAGGGCCAUAUAAGAGUGAAAGUUAUAUUCGAAGAAUGGGAAACAAUUAUUUAGAUUCUCUUGAGGGCCUUGAAGACAUUAACCAAUUCCAAGAAAGAGAAUUGGGCUUUGAGGAUGAUGGUGAAAGUUCAUGGCAACAACCAACCAAUGAAGACACCAAACAAAUGAUUAGAGUUAGAAACACUAUUCGGAAUCAACUCUCCAAUCAAGUUGUUAAAGCAUAUUAA